AUGAAGAAGAAGACACAACCAGACGAUCCAAAAAGCCUCGGAGCCUGGGAUCAAGGAGAAACAACCGAUGAUGAUCAUGAUGAAUUUGCUAACCUAUGUUUCAUGGCGCUAGGUGAAACAAGUAAGGUAAGACCUUAUAACAGUUCAAAUUGUAAUGACUUACAAAACUCCUUGGACAUGGUUGCUGAUGAAUUACAGAAAGUUAUAGACGAAUACAAUAAAAUUGCUCAAGAAAAGAAGGACUGGCAGAUUCUUCUCGAAGCAAGUCAGAUUGAAGUUGAUUUACUAAUAGAAGAACUGGAGGAAGAGCAAUCGAAGAAAACCUACAAAAAGGGGAUGUGGGUAUUUGACAGUGGAUGCUCCAGACAUAUGUGCGGAAAGAAAGAAAAUUUCAAAACUAUCAAAAGAAUUGAUGGAGGAUGUGUUCGAUUUGGAGACAAUGCUAAAGGAGAAGUAACUGGAGUUGGAACCAUCACUUUUAGUUCAUCAUGCGAUCUAGUCGAAGUGUACUUGGUUGAGGAACUAAAACAUAAUCUCCUCAGCAUCAGUCAACUAUGUGACACUGGAUUUCAAGUCAGAUUUAAUACAGUUAGCUGCAUCAUCAAACAUCCUGAGAAAAAGCUCACUCUCAUCGAAGAUCGAGUUAAUAAUAUCUAUGUCUUAAAUAAUGUUGAUUUUCCAUAUCUUACAUGUCUUACUGCAGUCUCAAGUGAUCCUUGGCUAUGGCAUCGAAAGUUUGGACAUGCAAGCAUGCAUGCACUCGAGAAACUAUCAAGACUUGAACUGGUCAUUGGUCUGCCAAAGUUAAAGUUUGAGAAAAAUCACAUUUGUGACGCAUGCCAAUUGGGUAAGCAGACUCGUUCAUCCUUUAAAACAAAAGACAUUGUAAGUACAUCUAAACCUCUUUAG